AGCCGAGUCCGAUAGAAAGCGACGGAGCGGCGGUACUGGGAGUGUUUUAUGGCUGCCUACUCAGCACGACAUCUAGUAAUUUGUUGUAUUUGAGAAUACUUGGUCUUUUUAGAGGCCGUGAAACUAGCGCUCUAUGUUCAGCGAGGACUGCAGCUAAAAUAAAGUCACCCGUAUGUGCACACGGCUAACUUUUUAGUGCUAACUGAGACUCAGCCGUCGAGUGAAAUUGAACUUCAUCGAUCGCGGAUAGUUCUUCUGAAAAUACACUCAACGGAAGUCUAACUAGGAUUAAAAACCAGCGCUGGAACACCUUGACUCUGCAUUUCCACGGAGAACUGUAUGAAUUUCAUGGGGCAAUCGUCUGUUGUAACUCGCCUCCCCUCAACAGCGGUUCAAACUAUUGUCGUAGUAGCAUACAUUAACGUCAGCUAAUUUUAGCCAGCUAGCUAGGAACAUUAGCUUGCAGCCUAGCAGUACAGUAGUUUGCUGUUGGCAGUACUUUAGCCUACUACUCAUCCAGGCAACUUUUUUAUGACGAUGUCUUUCAUAUGUUUUGCAACAGGUUGACUGUUUGCAAACACGAUGAUGCAACAAAAGACAUCGGAAAUUUAGAAACUUAAGUGAUAUUUGUUUGUGUUGCUUGUACCGCGGGCAAUGUCAUGAGUUGUACUUAGGCUUUUUUGGUUCGUGUUUUGAAGACCGUCCCCGUGUUUCAGAAAACAAGUUACUCCUAUGAUGCAGCCUUUGGACACAGUCUAACUCCAAUACCGACCUAACAUGUUGGAUCAUACACAGUAACGCAAGACUUGGAUAGGAGACGAGCUUCAAGUGGUGCCGUUUGCUCCAUAUUUUGUGCUGAUGUAAACGAAGAGGAUCAUUCAGUUGACCUAGGGAUACAAUAGCUUGUCUGAAGUCUUCAUCAGUUCAUGCAUCAAAAUGUCGGCCAUCUCUGCAUCCGAGAAAGUGGACGGGUUUACGAGAAAGUCCAUGAGGAAGGCCCAGAAACAGAGAAAAUCCCAAGGCUCCUCUCAGUAUCGCACUCAGAGCGCUCCAGUUGAGCUUUCACCGCUGCCGCAGCUCAAAGAUGCCCCCUCCACGGAGCAGCAGGAACUGUUCACCCAGAAACUCCAGCAGUGCUGCAUGCUCUUCGACUUCUUCGACUCGGUGAUCGAUCUAAAGAGCAAGGAGAUCAAGAGGGCGACGCUCAACGAGCUUGUGGACUAUGUUUCCACCAACCGAGGGGUGCUGGUGGAGUCCACAUACCCGGAGAUCACUAACAUGAUCUGCACCAACAUUUUCCGGACUCUUCCACCAAGUGAAAACCCUGAUUUUGACCCAGAGGAGGAUGAACCCACUCUAGAGGCUUCAUGGCCUCACAUGCAACUGGUCUACGAGUUUCUCCUGCGUUUCCUAGAAAACCCAGACUUCCAGCCCAGCAUCGCAAAGCGCUACAUAGAUCAGAAAUUUGUUCUGCAGCUCCUGGAGCUGUUUGAUAGUGAGGACCCAAGGGAGAGGGACUUCCUGAAAACCAUCCUGCAUCGCAUUUAUGGAAAAUUCCUGGGAUUGCGAGCCUUCAUCAGGAAGCAGAUCAACAAUAUUUUCUUGAGGUUCAUCUAUGAAACGGAGCAUUUCAACGGCGUGGCUGAGCUGCUGGAAAUCCUGGGAAGUAUCAUCAACGGGUUUGCGUUACCUCUGAAGGCGGAGCACAAGCAGUUCCUGAUGAAGGUGCUCAUCCCGUUACACACAGCUAAAGGACUCGCCCUUUUCCAUGCGCAGCUGGCCUACUGUGUGGUCCAGUUCCUGGAGAAGGAUCCUACGCUCACUGAACCGGUGAUCCGCGGGCUGCUGAAGUUUUGGCCUAAAACCUGCAGCCAGAAAGAGGUGAUGUUCCUCGGUGAAAUUGAGGAGAUUCUGGAUGUCAUUGAGCCAACGCAAUUCAAGAAAAUCCAGGAGCCGUUGUUCAAACAGAUCUCUAAAUGUGUGGCCAAUCCACACUUUCAGGUAGCAGAGCGAGCGCUGUACUUCUGGAACAACGAGUACAUCCUCAGCCUCAUCGAGGAGAACAUCGACAAGAUCCUCCCCAUCAUGUUCGGUAGCCUGUACAGAAUCUCCAAAGAGCACUGGAAUCCGACAAUCGUAGCUCUGGUGUACAAUGUGCUGAAGACGUUGAUGGAGAUGAACUGCACACUGUUCGAUGAGUUGACUUCCUCCUAUAAAGCAGACCGGCAACGGGAGAAGAAGAAGGAGCAGGAGAGGGACGAGCUGUGGAAGAAGCUGGACGAGUUGAGGCUCAGCGACACCACUCUGGUCCAGAACAACAGCCACGGGCUCCUGAGUGUCCAGAACAACAACAACAACAACAACAAUAGUAAUAAUAAUAAUAAUAAUAAUGACAACCAGGACAAGAGCAUUGAUUCUGCUGCUGCCGUCACCACAGACGACAAAGAGCCUGACGUCAGUGUGGCAGCCAGUGAGAGCACCCCAUGUGCCAAAUGACAGCGGACAUUGUUUUUUUUAAUUCCGUAACGGUUUGACGCCGUGUUCAGGACCGUCAGGGGAGGAUUAACGGAGAUGGAAAAACACAAAUUACACCUCAGCAGUAUAUUACAUCUACUUAGAGUGACUUAGAACGCCAGCAAUUCUUUGGCAGAAAAAAAAAAAAAAAAAAAAAAAAUUAUAUAUUUCAACUUAAGACUAUUUUUGGAUGUUACAGUGUGGCAGCAGUAUAUUGUUUUUUUUUGUCUGAUCAAAGAUUUAUCCUUUCACAUUUAGUUUGUUAACUGAAAAUGAUUUUAUUUGUUAUAUUCAUUGUAUGAUACAUGGGAGGGGAGAAAAUGAUUAUGACUUGAAUUUAAUGUUUCCGAUCGUGCUGCACUUAGACGAGCUGAAUAGCUAUUUAAAGAUGUCUAUUUUUUAAUGUGCUUUUCCUUGUUGCUGCCAACACUUGGGUGCAAAACCUUAAGGAAGAAGGGAACCGCAGACUAUGGGAGUAUUUGGGGCAGAUGGGACCAGACGCAUAAUUAGGCAUUUAGUGUCCAUUAAUGUGUAGUAAAAGGGCUGUCGUCAGGAGCAGAACAAGCUAGAAGACAGAUUUCUUAUGAAAGAGAUGAACGAGAGAUGCAUGGCCAAAAAAAAAUUGCAUUGUAAAGAAAGAUAAUCCCACAUAUGGUUUGAUAUCUCCAUGAAUCACUAGUUGAGACUGUGCAGGUAAAACUGGUUCACAAUUAUUAGGGUAAAUUCAUAUUUGUGAGAUUAUUUUUGUGUUUCAGGUGUAGGUAAACUUUUUGUCUGGGUGAAAACAUGAAGCUAAUAGUUGUAACACAACACCUGCAUUUAUGAGAUUAUUUACACUAAAGUAUUGAGAGUAUCUCAAAGAAUGAAAUGGUUUUUAGCCUCUCUUGACUUAAAGGAAAAGUCUGACAUUUUGAGAAAUACACUUGUUUGCUUUCUUGCUGAGAGAGAGAUGAGAAGGUUGACACACAUACACAUGGUGUAUAGGGUGUUAAAGGAGGAGCUGGAAGGGAGACUUUUGUUACUUUAGGACAGAGCCAGGUUAGCUGCCCCCCACCCCCACCCCCACCCCCAGUCUUUAUACUAAGCUAGGCUAGCCAGCUGUGGCUUCAUAUUUACCUUACAGACCUGAAAGUGGUAUUAGAUCUCGUCUAACUCUCAGCAAGAAAGCAAAUAUUUUCCAAAACAACUGAACUAUCUGUAAAUGUAAAAAAAAAUGAAAUAAAAACAUAAGAGACUUAAAGUACUAUAUUUUUCCAGAGUAUUGACAAGGCAAAUAUUUUUGAAUGUUUCACUUUGCAGAUGGAUUAUGAUGCAGGAUGUGCUUGAGUGUAUAUUUGAUGAGUGCAUAUAUGUGUAUAUGUUAGUUUGGAGGCUACUUAAAGGGAAAUGCCACUCAAUUUAAGAUUUUAUGUACAGUAUAAUGUUUCUGUGGUCUAGGAAAAGUGCAGUCAGUGCUUAUAGGAACAUAAAUGUUUCUCUCUCCAAGCUCAAAAGAAAAGACACUCUUGCCACUACUCUUACCUGUUUAUUUUUUACAGUACACAGGAGGUGGAUUUUGUGUAUCUAUGACAUCAAAAAACCCAUGAUAUAGUGAUAUCAUGAAAAUCAAUGCUUAACACCAGAAUAUACCACAAGAUUGUUUACCAUCAAUGCCUGUUCACCCUCCAGACUUUAUAUAACCUCACAUUCACUUUUACUCUCCAUUUUCUGGUGUUGGGAGUGGAGAGAUAUGUCCAUUAACUUAAUCUGACUGCCAUGGAUCAUAGCGAUGACCUGAGAAUUUUUUUUUUUUUUUAAUUGAAUGGUGUUCCCUCUGAACCCGAGUGUUUGCUCUCUUACUUUUAAGUUCAUAUUUUAGGUCCAGUCUUUUCUGAUGCCUUUCUGUCAGUACAGCAUUCCAGCCUCUGUGACGUUAACACACUGCGUGGGGAACCUGUUUUCUAAUCGCAGAUCUUAUUUAGGUUUCACCAUCAAAUAAAGUCUUCUCUAUCUUUCUA